UAGAAAACAACAAGUAAUGGCGGACGAGAGUGAACAGCCUAAAUGUCCAGUAGAUCCAUCGACAAGAUCUUCAUGGUUGUCAUUAUGGAAGAAGCCUGCUCCGCAAGUCGACAUACCCAAGCAAAAGCAAGAGCCGGAAGCUGCUGCUGCUGCAGCUGCUGCUGGAGACCAACCUAAAUGCCCCGUAGACCAUAACGCCCGAUCCGCAUGGAUGAACAACGUAUCGGUGCAGAUCAAUACUGAAGCCAUAGAAGAACCAGAAGGAUGCAGUUCCAACGCCGUCAACCAGGAUCUAACCACCGCAGGCGCCCCCUCAGACCUCGCUACUGAGCGUGAAAUAAGUUCCAUUCCACGAACAUCUGCAGACAGUAAUUGGAUCUACCCCUCGCAGAAGCAAUUCUUUGACGCUAUGAAACGUAAGCAGUGGAAUCCAGAGAAGGAGGAUAUGAAAACCGUUGUUCCUAUUCAUAACGCUGUCAAUGAGCAAGCAUGGAGACAUAUCCAGAUGUGGGAAGCGCCCUAUGCUGAAGAGACCCACCAGAAAUGUGGCGGCGUUUCAUUAACUUCGUUCAAAGGUGACCUGAAGAAGUUGACUCCGCGAGCAUGGUUCAAAUCGUCAGUGUUGGGUUACGCCAAGCCAUUUGACCGUCAUGAUUGGACCGUGGACCGUUGUGGCGUUUCAGUCGAGUAUGUGAUUGAUUUCUAUGGGAGCGAGGGCACCACGGGGCCCAGUUUCUUCCUUGACGUUCGUCCCAAGAUCAACACGCUCGAAGGAUUUAAACUAAGACUACGUAGGGCGUUAGGAGUAUAAACGUUUUAUAUUUAUAGCUUGUAUAUAUACAGAAAAAUUCUAAUUCUACUUUCUUC